GAUUCCGUUGCGUUGAUCGAGCGGCUGCGCACGGGGAAUGAGCCUCCAGGAGACAUUCCCGUCAUGCAUUUAGAAAUCGACGACCCUCCUUCAUUUGGUGUACAGUCGAACGGGGCUCAUUCUGCGCCAAGCUGCAGGCCACCCAAUGCAGAAACCCCGGAGAAAAGCAGCUACUGUGCAGCCAUUCAGGUUUCCCUGAAGACAGCCAGCGGCUGCAGCCCCUUCUCUGGAGCGGACCCUCUCGUGGAGCCAACCGAGACUCGUCGCCUUCCCACAGGGUCUGCGGCGCAAUUCCAAGGUACCUCCAGGUCUAUGCGACGUUUCAGCCGAAUGAACAAUGCUGCCUCUCUUGACGCCACUCAGCAUUGGCGGCGUAGCGUUCGCUCGAAGAGCGUCAGCAGCAGUUGGUGGCGGCGCGGGGGCGAUGCGGCGGCGUCGUCCGUCGUGUCGACGGCGGCAUCCACCGACGGCGGCGCGCUGCGCGACUCGGACAUGCGCGUGGCCACUAGCGUCCUGAAUCUGAGUAAGGAAUCGGAACGAAAGUUUGAUGGACCUAUUUACGGGUCCAGAGUGUCCAGGUCACAGUCGGAACGCGAGUCGCUUGCACGGAGGAUAGAAAUAGUUCACAUUGACCACGAGAACAUUAGGAGGGCACCCACAGAUUCGGGCGACGUAUUCGAUUCCGACGUGGACGUGGAAGGGCAGCGGUCUCGUCUCGCACUCUCCCCCAGCAGUGCUCCUUUGCCCAUGAAAUCAGAGUGCCGUGAAGCGGCUCAAAGCAAUCCGGAGCUCUCUAGAUCGCUCUCUUCACCUUCAUCUGACAACAAUGGCAUUUACGAAUCCAGGCCCAGGCCAUCCCGUCCAUCACCUAGUUCUUUCCAGAAAUCGAGCCCACUCGAACACUACGGCCACGGGUCCAUCAGGACAGCAACCAACACCAAUACCCACCAGUCGAAGGGAGCCAUAAUCGGAGCGGUUCCUGGUUCGCACUGCCAACGGAGUAGGACGGUGCAAAAGCCCCAAAGAAACAUAAGUCCCCACCAGACUGUUCACCAGCCAAAAAGACACAAUUGCUCCAAUUAUCAGUCACGAAAAGCACUAACGGAAUCAAAACUACCUCUUCGGUCCAGUGCGAGUGACCUAAUCGUCGUUGGAACAUGCAAAGCUCUGUACGACUUCGAGAGUUCCCAGUACGGCGAGGCCUUUCUGCACUUCAAAGCCGGCGAUGAGCUCAAAGUGAUUUCCUCAAGCACACGAUGGCAGGGCACUCCAGACACCGACGGCUGGAUCUACGCUGAGACCAUUCAGCACGACGAGUCCGACCAGAGCCUGCCCAGACGAGGUUUCAUCCCCGCGGGCUUCGUGCAGCUAGAACUGUUCGCCGAGCCCGCUCCCCUCUCCCCGCCGCGUCGGCGCAAGGAGGAGCCCGCACGGCCCACGCGUGCACCCGCUGAGGGCGCGCGAGGCGAAAAAAAGUUUUUGGCUUUGGGAAAAGCUACCGAACUGUAG